AUGGACCGACUCACAGAGAGUGCCAGGGUGGGCCUUGCUCUCUUCAAGGGCAUGGAGAGGAAGACCUCGGGGUGCUGUGAGGCCCCCAAAAGGCUGGGCCUGUCCUUCUCCAUGGAGGAGAUUCUAAAGAAACCCACCAAAAGGAGUGAUGUGGUCAGGACUGAAGGGCCAAGUGGAGAGGGCAACGGGCCAGCAGCAGCCACAGCCUCCAGGCUGGAGAGGCCCCCACAGGACCAGCCCCAGGAGCAGAGGAAGAGCAAGCGGAGGGUUCGCACCACCUUCACCACGGAGCAGCUGCAUGAGUUGGAGAAGAUCUUCCGUUUCACCCACUACCCAGACAUCCGUGUUCGCAACCAGCUGGCAGCCAAGAUCAACCUCCCAGAAGCUCGAGUUCAGAUCUGGUUCCAGAAUCAGCGAGCCAAGUGGCGGAAGCAGGAGAAGAUGGGCAGCCUCAGUGCUCCGCAGCAGCUGAGUGAGGCCGACUUCACCGCAGGGACAAAACUGGACGUGGCUGGCCCCCUUCAGACGCCUGCAGCUCUGCCUGGGCUGGCUCCACCCACAGGUUGCUAUCCACUUGCUCAAAGCCAGCUGGCCACUGCCUGGUUUCCUGCUGGAGUCACCUUCCUCCCAUGCCCCCCAUGGGAGAUGCAGCCGCUCCCGGGCCCUCUCCUGCAGCAGGCCUUCGUUCCUGCACUCCGCCUCUUUCCACCUCCGAACCCCAGGUGGAGCAGCACCUGUGCCACUUCAACAUAG